AUGUGUGAUGAACAGAAGGCACCAGCGAGAACUAGUGAUGAACAGAAGGCACCAGCGAGAACUACUUAUGGUAUGACUGAGGGGUUCGAAAUUGGACCAGGGCGUAGGACAGGGACGUAUACUGUCGCCACACCUCUUCAACACCUCCUCACAGAUGGUCAUGAGAAAGGCGCCACAUGGAUUUUGAAGGAAGUCGGUGUUCAGUGUCUUGUCAGGAGAGCCCGGAUCAACAUGUCCAAGAAAGUUGCAGUGCAGUUGAUCACUCUAUUUCUAUUGCUUUAUACAAGAGGCGUGGCAGGGGAAGACGUGACGGUGUUCUCCCUUCAGCCGGACAUCUGGGAGGCCCCUCGAGACGACGUCUUCCUCAGGUUCAACAUGAGCCUCCAGCAGGUGGCCGCCAGCGUCUCGGAGUUCAGCGUCUGCUCCAGGGUGUUCCCCACGGCACUCACCACACUCCAGGUCCUGUUCUCCUACGCCACGGCCGACAGCUUCUCCAAUGCUCUGAUGAUGUACAUCAAGGACGGACGCCAUUCUUUCCGCUACAACAACGUACCUCAGAGAAUCUUAGAGGACGUGAAAGUACCCACGGUUUUGCGACGGUGGCGCCACUACUGCCACGUGGUCUCCGGAGAUCGGUACGCGGCGUUCAUAGAUGGCGCUGAGGUGGCAAGCGGGCCCGUUCAGGUGGACAACCGCGUCUUGCCACUGAACGGAACGCUUGUUGUUGGUCAGGAGCAGGACGGCUUGUCUAAGAAGAUGGACAAACGCCAGAUUCUGAAAGGAUUCGUGGCGCAGGUCAAUCUCUGGAGUUACGGUCUGCCAGGUCACGUUGUGGCUUCGAUCGCCAACUGCGAGAGAAAUGACCGCGGGGAUGUGUUUUCGAGUGAUAGGCUGGCGAGUGGUUUAGAGUUGAUAAAUGUAGAUAGCAUGAAGAAGCCUGUGCAGGACCUCUGCAACAGGAAUGAAACUUUUAUCAUUUUUCCAGAAAAACGGACAUUCAUGGAGUCGGUAAAGAUAUGCGCUUUAUUCCGGAUGAAGAUCUAUGCUCCUGCAGAUACCGAAAUAAACAGAGAGCUAAAUGCUACAAUGUGGAGAGAGGGAUUCUGUGCUGGGACAAUUAACAUGUGGAUAGGAGUCUCGGAUGAAAUGGAAGAAGGAGUCUGGAGGAGGUUUUCGGAUUCCAGAGUCAUAACCGAUAUCAACUUCGCAGGUGGGCAGCCGGAUAACACGAGGGAGGAAAACUGCAUGGCUAUGGCAGGAGGCGAAGGAGUCUGGGCCGAUUAUGGCUGCAGAGAGAAAAACAUUGCCUGUGUCCCUUGCGCAGAACGUGUCAGCAUUCCCUUGUAUAUGCGAGGAAUCUGCACAGAGAUGAGAACGGAAACCAUGUUUGAAGUCCUCGGCUACACAGCAAGCAGACCUUUCUUCCACGGGUUCCACGGCUACAUGCUCACCUCCGAGAGAAACGACUGGCACCUUCUUGACACCGUUGCGAACCGGAGUCUCGCUCGACUGACUCUGCCAUCGAGGAAUGUCUACCCCAUUGGAAAACACCAAUGGACGCUCGCAAGCCCCAUCUGUGACCAACCUGUCGGUAGUGAACUCGUCAUCUCACUGUCCACUUGUGAAACGGGGGAAUACAUGUGUGACAGCGGCCAGUGUAUUGACGUUGAUGCUCGAUGUGAUGCCAAAGAUGACUGUGAUGAUCAGACGGACGAAGACGACUGUUCCGUCUUGGAUGUCCCCGAGAACUAUAGGAACUUCAAGCCUCCAAAGAGCGUGGAGAACCCUGUAACUGCCUUGCCGCUCGAUCUGCAAUUUAACUUUCUGCGCAUUUUGAGAAUCGAAGACGUCCAACAAGCCAUCCAUCUUGAAUUCACUCUUUCGAUAAGCUGGUUCGAGUCGAGACUAAGGUACCUGAACCUUCGCGAAGACAUCCAUGCCAAUAAGCUAUCUCCAGCAGAGAAGGAUUCGAUUUGGAGACCACGGCUGGAAUUCCCUAACGUUCAGGACGGAGAACUGAAGUUACUCAGAGAUGACGUCUUUGUCAAGAAACUCAACAACUCGCUCCCCUUUGACUUCAACGCUGUUGGAAUGGAUAACGUGUACAGCGGUGACUCAGCUCUGCUCGUGCAGGUGCAACAUUACAGCGGUAGUUUCGUCUGCCGCUUCAACGUCUAUUACUAUCCCUUCGACGCCCAGCACUGCAGCGUCUCCCUUCAGGUCUCUUCGGUGAGCAAGGACCUCGUGAGUCUGAGCGAAGAGAGGACCUCGGUGCUGUUCAGUGAGGACAGCACCCUGCCGACCUACACCAUCGGGAACUUUUCGUCCGAGAGCAGCAACUACUUCGGUCGCGAGAGUGGAAUGAAGAUCAAGUACACGCUCACACGACGAUACACGCUCAUAGUCCUUUCCGUCUACAUGCCUUCAUCCAUGUUACUUCUCGUAGGAUAUUCAACACUGUAUGUCAAGGUGGAAUUGUUGCAGGUCCGUCUCGUGGUGAGCCUGACAACGCUCCUCGUGCUGUACACCUUCUUCAACCAGGCGUCUUCCUCGCUGCCACAAACGGCCUACAUCAAGAUGAUCGACGUCUGGUUCUUCUCCUGCACCAUCUUGCUCUUCGUCAUCAUCAUCGUGCACGUCAUCGUCGAAGGGCUCGAGUCCGAGGUCGUCUUCCGCGUCGGGCCCAAGACCUCGGGGGACGUCGGGAGGAGGUCGAGGGUGAUGGUGUCUGCCGAGGGGCUGCUGAGGCUCUGUCGGCUGGUCGUGGUGCCUGUCGCCGCUGGGAUCUUCAUGGUGGUGUAUUGGAGUCUCAUCUUGUCGUAAAGGGGUGUCUUUUUUUUGUCGUGAUUUGGUGUCCUUUUU